AUGGCAAACAAACCCCAAACAACCCACCACGAAAACAGCUUUCCCAUAAAACCCCCCAAUUUAGACCCCACAAGCCUCGUACGCAUCCCCCUCACGGAAGAAGACAGCAAGCGCAUCCGCCGCAAGACCGACCGCGUCAUCCUCCUCAUCCUAAUCUGGGUCUAUUUUCUCCAGAUCCUGGAUAAAACGGUCCUAGGAUAUGGCGCGACAUUUGGCAUGCAAGAAGAUGCCCAUCUCACAGGGAACCAAUAUUCACUUAUUGGAUCGAUUGCGCCGAUUGCCCAGCUCGCAUGGCAGCCGUUCUCGUCGUUUUUGAUUGUGAAGGUGCCGCAUCGGAUUCUUAUGCCGGUGUUGUGUUUUGGCUGGGGUGUUUCGCAGGCUGCGAUGGCGGCUUGUCAUAAUUUUGGGGGGUUGAUGGCUACGAGAUUUCUCCUCGGCCUUUUCGAAGCCGGAUGUCUCCCGCUUUUCAGCAUCAUUACUAGCCAGUGGUAUCGUCGUGCUGAGCAGCCUUUGCGCAUUGCUGCUUGGUAUAGUACCAAUGGCGCCGCGACGGUCGUUGCAGCAGCUCUUUCGUACGGACUGGGCCAUAUUAAGUCGAAUGUACUAUUUCCAUGGCAGAUUAUAUUCCUCUUCGUCGGCCUAGUGACAGUAGUAACCGCCCCUUUCGUCUACUGGAAACUAGACAAUGACAUCCCAUCCGCGCGCUUCCUAACAGAAGAAGAAAAACCACAAGCAAUGGAACGUCUCCGCGCAAACCAAACCGGUACGGGAAACCGCGAAUUCCGCAUGAAACAUGUCGCGGAAGCCGGUAUUGAGCUGAAAACUUACCUCUGGAUCGGAAUGGCAAUGUUGCUGAACAUCGGUGCAAGCGUGACCAAUGUCUUUGGCCCGCUUAUCCUCAGCGGGCUUGGGUUCGACAAUUACAAAACCACACUGCUCAACAUGCCGUUUGGGGCGCUGCAGCUGAUUGUGAUUUUGGUCGCGAGUUACUUGGCUCAGAAAGCCCGGCUUAAGGCAGCGAUUUUGGCAGCUUUUAUGCUCCCUGUUGUUGCGGGGCUGGCUAUCCUGUACGCUAUUCCGCGGAAUCAGUCUGUGCAGGGUGCCUUACUGGCAGGAUAUUAUUUGCUUGCAUUCUUGUUCGGGGGUAAUCCGUUAAUCGUCACAUGGAUCGUGGGUAACACCGCCGGCACCACGAAGAAAUCCAUCGUCAUGAGUCUUUUUAACGCGGCUACAUCGGCGGGUAAUAUCGUCGGUCCCUUACUCUUCAGUGAAAAAGACGCGCCAGCCUAUCAUCCAGGUCUCCGGGCGUGCUUGGGCAUCUUUGUAGCUUUGGUCGCUGUGGUGUUUAUACAGUGGGGUAACCUUGUUGUUUUGAAUAGGAUGCAGGAGCGUCGGAGAGUGAGGAAUGGAAAGCCGGCGAAGAUGGUGGAUCGGUCGAUGAUGAAUCAAUAUCAGGAGGAGGGGGCCCAGGAGGAUGGGGAGGACGGGGAGCAGCAGAUUGGGGAUAAUGCGUUUUUGGACCUGACGGAUCGGGAGAAUGAUGAGUUUGUGUAUAUUUACUGA